AAUGGUUAAAACUUCUGAACUCAGUACAACAACGUUAUUAGAUGAUAAUAGCGAUAGAUCUCAUAAAGCUUCAGACGAUGAUGCGAGUAAUGCAAACGACUUUAAUAAAAAGUCACAAAAUGGAGGUAAUACUUCCUUCUUUGACCUACCCGUAUCGUCUAUUAAUUCAACUACUAAUACCUCUACUUCCACCUCUUCAGGGCAUUUAACUGUUGAGAAAUAUAUUCUUCAAUUGCAGCAAAAAGAUGAAAGGAUUCGUACUUUAAAAGACGAAAACAAACGGUUACGCUCUACACUCCUUUCCAAGACUAGCGAGUUUCAAAUUCGAGUGGAUGAGUUGGUUACGGAGUUGGAAAGGCAGGCUGAGAUUGUCAAAAAGCUUCAGAAUGAAUUGGCAAUAUGUCGAAGGAAUGCUGCUAAUAAUACUUAUAAUGAGAGUGCUUCGAGGGAGCCUGUUUCAAAAAAAUUGUCGGCUUCUGGAUCAUUUAUUCCACACAAUGCUUCCUUUGUCUCCCCCAAAUCAACAAACACUUCUCCUUAUAAAAAUAUAAAAACAAAUGAUUUACAAACUGAUGAUAUUUUGGCUAAAUUACAAAGCUUUAAUGAAAGAAACGGUGUUGUAGAUGUCCAAAAACAACAACAACAACAAAUUAUUUUGGGUACGAAGAAGAAGAAAUCUUCCUUAAAAAGCCCUCCAAUAAUUCAAAAACAACAAAGUUGUGAAGUCCCUUCAAUUUUUCAGAAUGGUAGGGAUUUUGGAUUUUCAUAAAGUCUCAGAUUCUAUUCCUGCUUGUAUCUAGACUGGGGUUGAAGACAUCUUGAAAGUCUUCAGAUAUUCGGAUCCGAACCGAAAAAUCCUUGGUUUCCGGUUUGAUCCUUUACCGAUACCUUUAAUUUAACGUCUUACUGACACUUAUAGUCUCCGUAACUUUUCUCAAAUUUUAUCCAAUCAGGCAGAUUUAUGUAGACUCACAUUAGGGCCGCGUUUAACGUACUAUUUUUAUCUAAUAUCGAAAUCCUAUC